AUGGAGGGCGCACUUGCAGCCAACUGGAGUGCCGAGGCGGCGAUCAACGCCAGUGUGGCUCUGCCCGGGACCGAGGGCAACCUUACGGCUGGGCCGCCGCGCCGCAACGAAGCCCUGGCGCGCGUGGAGGUGGCCGUGCUGUGCCUCAUCCUCUUCUUAGCACUGAGCGGUAACGCGUGCGUACUGCUGGCGCUGCGCACCACGCGCCACAAACACUCGCGCCUCUUCUUCUUCAUGAAGCACCUUAGCAUCGCUGACCUGGUGGUGGCAGUCUUUCAGGUGCUGCCGCAGCUGCUGUGGGACAUCACCUUCCGCUUUUAUGGGCCCGACCUGUUGUGCCGCCUAGUGAAGUACCUGCAGGUGGUAGGCAUGUUCGCCUCCACCUACCUGCUGCUGCUAAUGUCGCUAGACCGCUGCUUGGCUAUCUGUCAGCCACUGCGCUCCUUGCGCCGCCGUGCUGACCGCCUGGCCGUGCUGGCCACGUGGCUCGGCUGUUUGGUGGCCAGCGUGCCGCAGGUGCACAUCUUUUCCCUGCGUGAGGUGGCCGACGGCGUCUUUGACUGCUGGGCGGUCUUCAUCCAGCCCUGGGGUCCUAAGGCCUAUGUCACGUGGAUCACACUCGCUGUCUACAUCGUGCCAGUCUUCGUGCUCGCCGCUUGUUACGGCCUCAUCAGCUUCAAGAUCUGGCAGAACCUGCGGCUUAAGACGGCAGCGGCGGCGGCGGACACGGCCACAGGCGGCGUGGGGCUCACGCCUCUGGCGCGCGUCAGCAGUGUCAAGCUCAUCUCCAAGGCCAAGAUCCGCACCGUUAAGAUGACCUUCAUCAUCGUGCUGGCCUUCAUUGUGUGCUGGACGCCCUUCUUCUUCGUGCAGAUGUGGAGCGUCUGGGAUGCAGAUGCGCCCAAGGAAGCCUCAGCCUUCAUCAUUGCCAUGCUCCUGGCCAGCCUCAACAGCUGCUGCAACCCGUGGAUCUACAUGCUCUUCACGGGCCACCUCUUCCAUGAACUCAUGCAGCGCUUCCUCUGCUGCUCCUCCAGCUACAUGAAGGGCAGCCGGGCCAGAGAGACAAGCGUCAGCAAAAAGAGCAACUCAUCCACCUUUGUCCUGAGCCGCCAUAGCUCCAGCCAGAGGAGCUGCUCCCAGCCAUCCGUGGUGUGA